UAAGAAUCGAAUUUUCACCCAGCUCUAAUGAAUUACAUUUUGUUUUAAACAAUCGAAAAUACGCCUAAAAACACAACAAAAACGUUGCGGCAUUUGCAAAAUAGUGCUAAUUCAGACUUCCCCCUUCGCCGAUAUGUGUUAGCAACAGAAACGGUGUCCAUUUAAACGUUUGGAUACCGUUUUCGGAUUUGCCCAAGGUGCGCGACCCAAAACAAGAAAAAUUCGCACGCCGUCGCAACGAAUUCGCAAUGCGCUGCCGCUAAAAAUCAAGAGGUACAACAAAGCUCUCCCGAUGAUAAGUAACCCAGUGUGCCGUCGCAUUGCUUAAAUAAAGGGAAAUCACAUUGAACAAACGCCACAAACAACUGGCCAUGGAGCAGGGACAAAAGAACGAAGUGAUCAGGACGUUCGGUAGUGGCAAAGACCGCGUGCCGUUGGCGUAGCGUGCAAAACAACGCGCUGUCAUCUGGCCGAUAGGUUGUGUGUUAUCGUCUGCUCUGCUGCUACUGUUAUCGCGCAAGGACCACGAGAGCGGCGAAAAGCCCUUUGCCUUUUCCGAGUGGGUUGUGGGUGGUGUGAAAAAAGUGCGUGCGGUCUUGUUUAUGGGCGAAAAGAGCAGCGGCUGUUCGGCCGGAGUUAGCAAGUCCUUCGCAGGAUCCUCCCCAGCAAGAUUAGGUCGCCCUUUCUAUCCUGCUUCUGCUCCGCUCCGAUCCCCUAUUCCAGCUGUCGGUCUUUUUCUCUGACAUUCCACAUUUGGGCCGAAGGACAUAGGCUAGAGACGGUCGGCCCAUGAUCAGGGUGAUAUAUUGGAGCGCCGUCACGAGUUAGCCGCCGCCGAAAGAGAUGGCCAACAACAAUCAUCCGCAUCCUGGGCAUCUCAGCCAGGCGGCCCAGAACGCGUCCUGGAAUCCUCUGCAAAUCCCAUCAUAUAUCCCGCGACAGCCGCAGUUGGCGCACAUGUCCAAUGAGCGGCCCGGAAUGGUGCGAUCCCCGCUGGCCUGGCACGUUUCCGGCUCCGUUUCCUCGCAGCCGCCGCCGCCGCCGGAUGCCAUUUACAAUUUCAUGUCGGCCAAUCACAAAAACCUGGACCACCAUCAUCAGAUGAAUCCCUUGCUGGCACCGCCCUACUCAGGAACUCUGCCAUUCAACUCCAUGGACCUUUCUCUGCAGUCCGCCCGCAGUGCGGCCCAGCCGCUGGCCAAACAGUCGCCGAACCAGCAGCCACAGCAGUCGCAGCAGCAGCAGCAAUCCCUUAUACAUGCUUCCAACUAUCCUUCAAUACAAAAUCUCACGACCAAUGCUUCGCCCUCCAGCUCUCAGCUGCAACAGCAGCAGCAGCAGGGACACUUGGCAGCCAUGGCAGCAGCCCAUGUCAGCUUACUGCAGUCUAGCCUGCAAAAUCAGGGAGCCGCCGCUGGCAACCUCAGCAACGGGGGAGACUGUGAGUCUCUGCUGCCGCCACCGCCUCCUACAACUGCCUCCGGAAAUAGCAAUCAUGCUGGAAGCAACAGCAGCAAUAGUGGGAGUAACAAUCACAUAAGCAGUCCGCACUACAUGCAAACUCGCGAUGAAAACUUUAAGCUGGCUCAGUUAAAGCGCAGUUUUGAUCACGAGCUGUUGUCAGGAAAAAAUCUGCAAAAAGAGAAGGACUUUGGCUACCCGCCAGCGGGAUCAGCUAGCAAACUGCCCACGCACAAUGUACAGCAGCAACAUGCCAACAAGAAACCCUCACCGCUAAGGAACUAUCACCAACAGCAGCAGCCGCCUUACAACUUAACUCCGAAAUACAAUGGACCACAGACGCCUCCUACGCCUCAAUCGCCGCUGGCUGCGCCGCCUCAUCAGAUGCAAUCGCCAACUAUGGACUACAACCAGCUGCAUCUUCACCAUCCGUUGAAUAGCUCGGCAGGAGGCAGCUACCAGCACAUGCAGCAGGAUCAGACGCAAUCACAGUCACAUCCCCAGCACUUGCACUACCACAAUCAGCAUAUGGCGAGUCAAACGGUUCCGCCGCCUCUCCUGCCACCACACUUGACCAGUGGUCAGUUCCAUGGACAGGCACAGGAUGCGGGUCCGCAACAAGCGGCAAACUCAAGUCAGCAACACACGCAUCAUUCUCGCAACGCGCAACUUACGAAUCUCGAUCUGGCGACGAAGCAUAAACCAGAACCAGAGGAGCAGCCUGUCAUAACAGAUCUGUCCUAUCGGAACUCUGAGGCAGACAAACCUGCUGCUAAUUCGGUGCCUGAUGCUCCUGAGUCCCCCUACCUGACCACCUCCAAUGAGGAGUCGCUAGAGUCGAACAGCAACAGCAGCACCAGUCGAAAGCGACGCAAGCGGAAAGCCAGUACGGUGAUGCGGGUUACUCCAAACGAAAAUGCGCCCGAGGGAGGAAUCAGCAAGCCGUCGCAUCAGCAACAGCAGCCUCCGGCGCACCAAAACAACAGCUGUAGUCCCAAACCGUCGCCCAAGAAUGGAGGCGCUGAGUUUCAGCCUUUCAGCUUGCAAGCCCAAUCGCAAACGCAGAUUGAAAAGGCGCCGCAAGAGAACGGUCGUGGGGGAUCACCGGCUCCGGCGGAGAACAGCAGUAACAGCAAUAGCUCCACGCUUUACAACGACGACAAGCCCAAGACCAAAAAGCAGCGGCAAGCCCUGCUGCAGCGAAAUCUCACAGAACAGCACCGUUUGCAGCAGGAGGAUGAGCCGCCCAAGCAGCACACGACGCCCACCAUGCCGCCACCGAGUCCGCAGAGCAACAGCAGUAGCAGUAGCUCGAGCAGUUCCAGCGCCAACACGCACAGCAGCCACAGCAGUCGUGCAGUCAACGAGAAUCAAAAGCCGGAGGUCAACAAUCAGGCCACCACGGACACACCUGCAUCCCCCGCCCUAGUGGAGCAGGGUGACAUCGAUGCAAAGCCGGCGGUUAGUGUGCACGAGUGCGAUGAGGAGGAGGAACCCCCAGCGAACAAGGAGUCACAGGCACAACCGGUUCCGGCUCCUACUCCGGCUUCUGCUACUCCUCCAGAAAAUAAAUCACCCAAGAAAACCUCACCUGCUGCCAGUUCUGAGCCCUGCCCUUUCGGGGAAGUGGAAGACAAGCUGGAGGAAAUGUUUGCCGGGAUCGAGGAGGAGACGGAAAGGAUUUGCAGCCCGGAGAAACCACCAGGCGAGGCGGAAGAGUUGGUGGCACACGAUUUGACCGCCCAGCUGGCUCUGGACAGCGCCAAGCCAAACGAGGCACCUGCGGAAAAGAUGGAAGCCUCAGUGUUGGCAGCUUUAGUUGCUCCACCUCCUGCGCCCGAAAUACGACCGGUCGCCACGAAGGCAGCGAUGAAAUCUACGCUACCCAGUCCCGUUCACAGUCCCUCGCCGCAAGUUCGCUCCACAUCGACGCCCUUGGCUGCAGUGGAUGAUAGUAAGCCCAACACCCCUGUUCCAGCUAAAACCCCAGUCAGGAGACCACCACCCCGAAGGCUAUCCAUGGGCAUGGAUGCCUCACUGCUCCGUUUCAUGAUCGACGACCCUUCACCGAAGAAGCCCGGUCGCAAGAAGAAGGUGAUUCCAGAACCGGAGCUUGAAGACGACGACAAGCCCAGCACUUCCGCUGCAGCUGCGGCGGCACUGGCAGCCCGCCAACUGAGCGAAGCGGCCGCUGUGCCCAAGGGAAAAUCUGCUGCAGCCAAGAAGAAGAAUGCCGCGAGCAAGGGCAAGAAGGUACCAGCGGGUAAGGGCAAUGCCAAAAACGCCAAGCAGAAUGGAAAGAAAACGGGCCGAAAGUCAGCCGUCACCACCGACGAGGACAGCACACCAGCGCCGACAAACGGAGGCACAGUAGCCACUGAGCUAAAGUUCAAAUCUCCGUUCAUACUCAUAAAACCGGACGGAAGUGUGAGCAUCAAAAACACUCAUAGUGCCGAGGACGUCAAUGAGAAGCAGACGAAAGCCAAGAAGGCGCCGCACGAACGAAAAAACCUGAGAGGGAUGCACAGUUCUACGCUGAGCAACCGAUACGAUGCGGACACCACCGACUCCACCUGGAUAUGUGUGUUCUGCAAGCGAGGGCCUCAUAAACUGGGUCUGGGUGAUCUUUUCGGUCCGUACUUGGUGACUAGCGACUGCGACGAGUAUCGUGCCGCCUUGCAGUCGCCCGGAGUGCAGGACAUCGAUGGACUGUUUGUCAAUAAGCGGCGACGCGAGGACAUGGUCAAGACGCAGGAGAGGAAUCUGCCCGUGGUGCCCGCCACGCUGGCUAACAUUAUGCAGGCACCCAAGAUUAGCAUGCAUAAACGAAAGCGCAAGCAAACGCACGACAGUUCGAUAUCCUACAGCGACGACCCCAAUGAGUCGCGCUCGCAAUGUUCAUCUGUGGACCCACUGGAUUGCAGUCACGAAACCAAGUUCGUGGAGACGUUUCGCGGCAUGGGCAAAACCUCGGAGCACGGCUUUGAGGUUUGGCUGCACGAGGACUGCGCUGUGUGGAGCAACGACAUCCAUUUGAUUGGCGCCCACGUCAACGGACUGGAUGCGGCGGUAUGGGACAGCACACGGUAUCAAUGCGUAAUCUGCCAACAGACCGGGGCCAGUAUAUGCUGCUUCCAGCGUUGUUGCAAGGCCCCGGCUCAUGUGCCGUGUGCGAGAGCAGCCAAGUGGAGCCUGAGCGAGGAGGAUCGCAAGGUGUACUGCCACCUGCAUAGUGGCGAACCCGAUGCGGCGGAGGACAUAAAAACGGAGCCAUUGGCGCCCGUCACCGCUCAAGUAGCGCCUGCUCCAGCACCCGCACCGCCACCCCCGCUCAAUAUCAACUCGCUUCCCUGAGUACGCGUGCGCGUCCAGAAAUGCCGCCUGGUCGCCAAGCGUUGAGCGUUGAAGGCACGAUACCUAGACUCCCGACUCCAAACCCAACCGAAUCCGCAGCUCGCUGCACCUUUUACUUAAGCUUUGUACAUAAGUUUCCGACUGCCGUCGUUACCAGGAGGGCAUUUCGUAGUCCGUGAAGUGAUUUUGUAUAGAUCCGCUGUACAUUUUAAGGCUUGACGCACCGCACAGACGAUAUCAUAGCGUUCGCCACGUUAUAGUUAGGUUCCCUUACCGUGUCCUGAGUUGUUUCUGUUUAAGUGAAUGCCUAAAUUAUUAUUUCGCCUAGUACUAUGCACCUUACAUUAGUACCUUUUAGUUCUAACUAAUUUUAAUGCCUCCAGCCCAUGUCCAUUGCCCACCCAUCUGCAUCACAUCCGCCAAUCGAGGAUUGAAAAUUCGGUUUAGUUGAAUUCAGUCUGUUUGUAUAAACGAAUACUCCAUGCCAUACCGAUAACCAACUGAGUAAUCAAGAUAACUGAGUAGCUAUGCGAGAUUCCAAUUGAUAUAUGCGAUGUGACGUUGCAGCAAAGUUACGUAUAAAUAGAAAAUGUUUGACACCAAUUAAGCGAGAACAUUCGAAGCCCAGAAAAAAAUUGGAAUAUUGUAAAACAAUAUUAUAUGCUUAAAAUAUAAUUAGUAAUGUUAAUAUAAGCGGUCAGUUAAAGCCAGCAAAAUGAAAUCUUGUAUUGUAUUCGUAUUCGGUAAGGUCUGUACGUAUUGCUGAUAAUUUUAAAACUCAAAAACAUAUAAACAAUAAAACUUAAUCUCACAAACAA